AUGUUUAACUUCCGGCGAAAAGAAACACCCUGGGAGGUCGUGGAUAGUAAAUCCGUUGACCCUAUCCCGACGUAUUAUGAAGACGAAGACCUCGAUGUUGUCGCAAUAGCAGAGAGGGACAUACACGGCACAUAUAUAUUCGAUGUGGCCCACUCGGAACGGAGUAAAGACCUCCGUAAUGCAGUGAUGUUCGCGAGACAGCAACUCCUGCUUGAGGCGACGAAGAACGGCUAUAAUAUCUUGCUAACGGAAAGUUGGCAAAUGACUAUCUUACGUCGGGGAAAACACCAUCGAGUUGAAGUGAAGUACGCAGGGCGAUCAGCCCGAGCGCUGGGGAAGGUGUCAGCACGCAGAGGGCCUCCAUUUAUGGAGAUCUUACACUCAUCUAAUCCAAUAUAG